AGAGAGUGACAUUUAACAGCGGCUUGUUGGUUUACUUAAUCUAGAGAGAGAAUGACAUUUAAAGGCGGCUAAUUGGGUUACUUAAUCUAGAGAGAGAGAGAGUUGAUGUGGGGAUACUGACUAGCUUAUGGGCUUCUAAGAAUUACAACUGUGUAGCUUGUUACUGGAGUCCACUGCCAAGACCUUGCAGAGGUUAGAGAGAGAGAGAAGGCUUUGUAGAGGCUAGAGAGAGGGAGAAGGCUUUGUAGAGGUUAGAGAGAGAGAGAGAGAUGGCUUCAUGGAAUUCCUUGCCUCUUGAGGUUGUGUACCAGGUUCUUGGUUGGAUCGCUUUUGUUUCCUGGUCCAUCAGUUUCUACCCCCAAGUCUUCCUCAACUAUAGAAGAAAAAGUGUCGUGGGGCUUAAUUUUGAUUUCUUGGUCCUCAAUCUCACAAAGCACUCCUCUUACCUCAUUUACAACACGUCUCUCUUCUUCAGUUCCUUCAUCCAACGCCAGUAUCGCCAAAAGUAUGGCUCCGGUGAGAUGAUUCCAGUAGCUGCAAAUGAUGUUGCCUUCUCGAUCCAUGCCGUUAUUUUGACGGCCUUUACCAUAGUUCAAGUGUUCAUAUAUGAAAGAGGAUCCCAGAAAGUUUCAAAGAUAGCAUGGCUAAUAACUGUAGCGGUGUGGGCUUUCGCUGCAGUUUGUUUCUUCAUUGCUUUGCCAAAGCAAUCUUGGCUUUGGUGCAUUUCUAUGUUUAAGUAAGCAACUUGUCUGUUUUUUAUUAUUUUUUUCUCAUAAUUG